AUGCAGAAAGUACUUCAUGGAUUUUCGACUGGGAAGUGUCCGAGGAAGAGUGCAUGUAUACGUGCAGGUUGGCUAGCGGCGACCAUGGCGGCGGAGGAGGAGCCAGAUGCUUUAAAGAUAUAUUGGGAGAAGUUCUUCAAAGCGGAAACCGGAACUUAUGAGAAAUCCACAUGGCUAGAACUGUUUCUGGCAGAGUUCAUCAUACGUCUCAAUGAAGGUCAAAAUCCGAAAAAGUUAAUAAAUUUUUGUCCAGUGAGCGGCGUAGUGUCGCUGGUGGGCUGCGAGCUUCUCUGCGGCAUACACCGCGUCACAUCGUCCAUUAACACGCACUACUCUCUGUCGAGCAUCGAACCCGCUCUCCCGGCUACCGAUGUCACUGAUAACAGUGCUGAUGUGAAAGCAGAAGAAACAAACCCGCGGCCGCUUAGCGUGUUCUCGCGCAUGAACGCGCAGUCCUCCACCGCCAUCCUGCGCAACUACCUGCUGGCGGGCGUCGCGUGGCGCUGUCUGCUGCUGCUCAGAGCUCUCGGAGUUGAGGGUCUGUCAUGUUGCCGCCAGCUCAGCUCGGUGUUGAUCUGGCUGUUCGGGGAGACGUGCGCUGGCGCGCCCGAGGCGAGGGUGCCGGCCAGCUCGCCGCAUGUCGUCGCGCCGCGCCCGCCGAUACAUGAACUAUUUUCUAACAGGAUAUGGUCCAAACAGAAACCCAUCAAUAUUUCAGGAUCAAAUCAUUCCGCAGCGUCUUCGGAGAAAAGUUAUAUAUCUGGGAGAUCGCGAAUAAACGGUCAGACUAGAUCAGAAACGGACAGCAAACUUAAAAAGAGAUCCAAUAAAACUUCUGAACAGUCAUCGGAUUCUGGAGACUCCAAUGACGACCUACAAAUGUUCAACAAGUCGAUGAGCAAAGUGUGCACCACAAAUGAUGAUUUCGAAUAUUUCAACUCGCCACUACGCUCCUCCAGUGACUAUGCAAAUCAAACUCUGUACUCGGAUCCUUUUUAUUCGCCGCGGAAAACAAAACCGAAAGCCGACGACUAUAUGACAGAUAAGCAUCGUGAAAUUAUAAAUUCAGAAAUAAGUACUUUUGAAUUUACUCUAAUAAUAACGGAUUUGCUGCAAGAGCUGUGUAAAGCUGAGAGCAGUCUAUCCGGCUCGGAGGGGUCGCAGAUAUCGAUGCAGUGCAUAAAUUUCUCCCUUAAGAAUUUGUGUACUUUACAAUUCGGGUCCUUACCGAAUUCGGCAAUCUACGAGCCACUAGAGAUGUCCAAAGUGAAAGUUGCAUUAACUGAACUAUUAAUAGUGUCACUGGAUCAAGUGCUCAUUCAUUCGGAUUUGUGUGCCAAAUUAAUUAACAAUGGUAUAUUACCGAUGCUCCUUAGAAUUCUAGAAGACGUUAUUUGCAAGUCGAGUGCCAAAUAUAACGAAAAAAAUUAUAAAGAAGAUAACAAAGACUGUGAAAAUAGUGAGACUGAAUCUGGAAAUUUGCUCAAAUUCGUAUUCGGAGUUGCGUACUCCAUUACGGCGUUUUUCCAUUGCCUUCUGAUGCAAUGUCGGUCGGUGGACAAGCUUAGGGAGUUCACCGACCAGUUUAAGUUGUACGGGGAGUGCCUCAAAGGGGGGCUGUUCAGGGAAUGCAUAGAGCUGAUGGUGAGUAUACCGGCAGCACAGGAGGAGACCGUGACGCUGGUGAAGAAGCUGAUAGAGUCGAUCGCAAAGCUAAUAAGCGCCAUGAAGCGCGUGCGCAGUGAGGUUCUGCACGCAGCGGCGUGCCCGCGCGCGCGCCACGCCGCGUGCCGCGCGCGCGUGGCGGCCGGCGCGCACCACCACCACGCGGCGUUGGGCGCGCCCGCCGCGCCCGCGCCCGCCGGCGCCGCCGCCUGCGCCGUGGCGCUGCUGGGCGCUGCGCUGGCCGCGCUGCUGCCGCACGUGCGCCUGGCCGCGCGCCCGCCGCUGCGCGCCGCACUGCUGCGGGCGCUGCUGCGCGCCGGCCUCUGCUGCUGCUUCUCGCCCAGCUUCCUCAUGGAGAACGUCGUGCGCCUCAUGCUGACGCACGGCGCUGCCGCUGGGCCCUGCUUGCAGCUUCUAGAGCGCACCGUGUACGGCGACCUGGGUGCCGGCGUGCUGCGGCCGCGCGCCACCGACCAGCUGCCGUGCGCCGUGUGCGAGCAGGGUGACGGCGACCGGGGGCUCGGCCGCAGCUACUGCCCCCACGCCGCCGGCCCCGUCGAGAGGAGGAGCAUUUGGUCGUUUCUGAUACACUAUAACUCUCUGCUCCAGUUGGACAACCACAACAACGUGCUGCACGCGACUGUCAGUCAUUUACUAAAGGUUACCCCGAAGUGUCGCAUGGAAAUGAAAUACGAACUUCUAUUCAGUGUUAUUUACCCAACGUUUAUAGUCGCAAAACACAGAUACAUGAUGAGAUUGGAGGAAUCUGCCUACUUCCUGACCGUCUCCUGCCUGAACAUUUUUACGAGCCUGCUCAAUACUGUGCCGUUCGCUGAACAGUUCAUACAGAAAGGUGGAUUGAGUUACGUAUUAGAAUUGGUUUCUUUACCAGAGUUUGCUAACCAGUGUUGUGCGAUCCUGGAAAUAGCAAUAAUAGUGGAAAUAUUUAAAUUAAUGAAGGAAAACGAAGAACUAACGUAUUUUAGAGAAAUGAGUUCAUUGGCAUCCGUUCAAAUGCUGUUCAAAUCCUUGUCCGACGUCACCGAAAAGUGCAUCAAAAUAUACGAAACGAAGCUACCGCCGGAAAAGUUCGAGGAGCUGUGCGAUAUAAGUAAAGAGUGUGAAAUGCUCGGUAUAGAGAUGAGCGAAACCGAACAAACGAAAAAGCCAUGUACGCCGGUGCCAACGAAGGCUUGUGUCGCCGGUGACGAGGGUGACGAGGGCGACGAGGGUGACGAGGAGGCGACGGAGGCGCUACGGAACGCGUGCACGUUCUGGAAGGCGUGCGCGGCGCUGUGCCUGCGCAGCCCGCCGCUGCGCGCGUGGGCGGCGCGACGCCGCGCGCUUGCGCGCUCCUACGCGCUGCUGCGUCUGGUGCUGCGCGGCGCCGGCGCCGACGACAAGCUGCGCGUCCGCGUCGUGGAGGCGCUGCUCACCGUGCAGUUCGCCGUCUCCGAUGCAACAUGCGGUCGGUCCAAGGAGGCGAGCUGCGCGGUGGUGCGCGAGGCUCUGAGCGCGCGCGCGCUGGCCGGCGGCGGCCUGCGCGCGCUUUGCGACGCGCUGGUGGGCGUCGCGCUCGCCGCGCCCAGCGCCACGCACGCCAUGCCGGCACUCGCACCGCUCAACUUAAGGGUAGGAAGAACUUUUUUAUUAAUCGGACUACUAAUA